UCGAAACUGUAUAGUCCAUCCAGUUCAGUCCAACAACAUGAGCCGCAGCUUCCUUGUACUACUCCAACUUGUGUUAUGGGCAGUACUAGGUUGUUUUGCUCCUACCUAUUCCACCGCCACAUCAAAAACAAAUUAUCCCAUAGCCAAACCCAACUGCGUUGAUCAUUGUUGGAACGUAAGCAUCCCAUUUCCCUUUGGUUUAGGAGAAGAAUGUGCUCUAAACUCAAACUUCUCCAUCACUUGCAACACCUCCUAUUAUCCUCCAAAACCAUUUAUAACAAAUAGCAAUUUGGAGGUUAAGGAUAUAUCAGUUGCAGGGCAGCUAAGGAUCAUGAAGCGCGUAUCUAAAUAUUGUUACGAGAAGGGAAAAUGGCGUUCCCCAUUGAGAUCAUGGCUUACUUCGCCAAUGUACUACGUCAACGAGACCGCCAAUAAAUUCGUUGCUGUCGGGUGCGACACUUUCGCUAACGUUUACGCCUAUGGCGAUGACCGGUCGUACAGAACAGGGAGUAACUGUAUGGCCACAUGUAACUCCACACAGGAUGUUACAAACGGGACUUGUUCCGGGUUUGGGUGUUGCGAGACCGAAAUCCCUAACCUGGCCAAGAACGUGUACGUUCAAUUGGAUACUGUUAAUAACUAUACCAACACUACCGAUGAUGUUAUUCCCUGCAGCUACGCCUUGGUGGUGCAAAAGGAGGAGUUCAAUUUUUCCUCCACUAUCCUUUCCAAGGAAUGGAAUGUGGAGAAGUUACCUAUGGUUCUUGACUGGAUAAUCUCCAAUGAGACGUGCAAUAACGCGUGUCAAGAUAAUAGCUCAUGUGUUGCCAUCAAUGGUGAGGGGCAUCGUUGCGCUUGUAAGGAGGGCUAUGAAGGCAAUCCUUAUCUCCCUCCAGGUUGCCAAGAUGUUGAUGAAUGUGAAAAUGAACAGCACAACUGCUCCAAAAACGCCGUUUGCUCAAAUACCGAAGGUGGCUUUGAGUGCUCUUGUAAGAAAGGUUACCGUGGCGAUGGCAAGAGUGCUUUAGGCUGCACUUCUUCUAAUUAUCGUAGACACAUCAUGCUUGUUCUAGGUAUUUCUUUAGGCAUUAUAACGAAGAUGAUCAGUUGUUUUGGUCUGUACUUAAAAUGUCGACAAAAGAAAUCAGUAAAGAUGAAAAAGAAAUUCUUUAAGGACAAUGGAGGACUGAUUCUGCAAGAAAGGAUUGAUCGAGGAAGUACAUCUUCUAGCACAACAAGAAUUUUUGCUGCCGAGGAGCUUAAAAAAGCAACCAACAACUAUGACAAAACUAGAAUCAUUGGUCAAGGAGGUUAUGGCAUUGUUUAUAGAGGGGACCUUCUUGACGGUAGAAUUGUCGCAGUUAAAAAGGCCAAGAUGAUGGACCCAACCCAAGUUGAGCAGUUCAUCAACGAGGUAGUUGUGCUUUCCCAAAUCAAUCACAGAAACAUUGUCAAACUUUUUGGUUGUUGUUUAGAGACAGAAAUUCCAUUGUUGGUUUAUGAGUUCAUAAGCAAUGGGACAUUGUCCGAGCAUCUACACAACAAAGACAAGGCAUCGGCAAUAUCUUGGUCGACCCGUUUAAGAAUAGCAACAGAAACAGCUGAGGUCCUCUCCUAUUUGCACUCUGCCGCCUCUCCUCCCAUCAUCCACAGAGAUGUUAAAUCUGUAAAUAUUCUCCUUGAUGAUGACUACACCGCCAGGGUAUCUGAUUUUGGUGCAUCCAGAUUAGUCCCUCAAGAUCAAACUCAAUUGACAACAAUGGUGCAAGGAACAUUUGGUUAUCUAGAUCCUGAGUACUUGCAAACCAAUCAUUUAACAGAAAAGAGUGAUGUUUAUAGUUUCGGAGUUGUUCUCGUGGAGUUAUUAACGAGUAGAAGGGCUCUAUCUUUUGAUGGUCCAGAGAAGGAGAGACAUCUAUCUCAGUAUUUUCUUUCAUUGUUGAAAGAGAAUCAUUUAUUCCAUAUCCUUGAUGACAACAUUGUAUGUCAGGGAAACACUGAAGAGCUACGAGAGGUUGCUUUGCUUGCAAAAAGGUGUUUAAAUGUGAAGGGAGAUGAUAGGCCGACGAUGAAGGAAGUUGCAGUUGAACUUGGUGGAUUGAGGAGAACAACAAAACAUCCAUGGAUCAAUAAUUCAGAUAUUUUAAUGGAAUCAGAUGCUCUACUUACUGAGCAGCCAAUCCCAUUUGGAUAUGAUGCUACUUUCAGUAUAACAUCAUCAACAACUGAGUAUGACAGUUUAAAACAUAAUAUGGAAUUUCCAGCCGCUGCUGGAAGAUAAUUGCAACCCUUCAUUUCAGCAAAUUAGCUUUAUGCUCAAUCUGGGAGUAAUAUAUAUGAUGAUUUGUUUCUAUUAUUCUUGUGAUAAAAAUUAAAAUAAUUAAUGUAUUUCAUAUGCAAUAUUAUGUUGGAUCUUCUUUAGUUGAAUUCUGUAUUAGCUUUUGAUGAACUUCAAUUUUGAUUG